GCUGGAGUCCUCCAGCACAAGCCCUCGCUUUCUAUUUGCGGAAGGGGCCCUCGCCAAAUGGGCUAAUGGGAUGCUAAAAAUACCAGAGCAAGCGGCGCAGGAGGAGGAGGAGGAGGACUCUGGCUGUCGAGAACGGGAGUGCCACAGACCUCUCGGCGGCUUUUUUUCUGUAAGACCCCCAACACGGCUUCCUCCUCUGGCAGCGGUCAGCACGCUUGCGUCUGAAGGGAAGGCCGCCCGGCCGCCGCCAGGAGACCAAGCCGCCCACAGGUGGGGAUCGGGCGCCUUUCCGAGGGGAUAUUCCUCCGGGGCUGCAGCCAGCUGAUGCUAAUUGGAGCUGGACACGCUCCGGACGCUCGCCCGCCUUUGAGGGGGGCCCUUGCUGGUCGUGGCGGAGUCCCCCUGGGCCGAAACCCCUCCGCGCCCUCGCCCCGGCCUCUCCGAUGCCUCCCCCUUCUGUGCUGGGCUACUGGCCGGCGGUGCUGCCCGGUGGCCACGUGACGUCCUGACAUCGGACCCGGAAGGCGGGCCGUGCCUCUUCCUUUCCCCUGCCUCCUCUCCGCCGGGCCGGCGUCUCUCGGUUUCCUCCUCUGUCUUUCUUCCUACCUCGAAAGCGGAUUUGACCAGUCUAAACAUUUUCCAAAAACAGUUCUCCAAAAUGACAAGUCUCUUCCGCCGGAGCAGUAGCAAUGGCAGCUCUCGGAGCAGCAACCCCGCCGCCGCCGCGCAGGAGCUGAACAACAGCCGGCCCGCCCGGCAGGUCCGGCGGCUGGAGUUCAACCAAGCCAUGGAGGACUUCAGGACCAUGUUCCCCAACAUGGAUUACGACAUCAUUGAAUGUGUGCUGAGGGCUAACAACGGGGCGGUGGACGCCACCAUCGACCAGCUGCUGCAGAUGAACUUGGACGGCAGCGGAUACGAGGACAGCUCCGAUUCGGACGACAGCAUCCCUCCGGAGAUUUUGGAGCGGACUCUCGAACCGGACAGUUCGGACGAAGAGCCCCCUCCGGUUUACUCUCCCCCCUCCUACGGCAUGCACAUAUUUGACAGGCAAUACCUGCAGCCUCCUCCAGCACCGCCCCCCAGGGCUGACCUCCAGCAUCCCAGCGGCCCUCAGCCCCAGAGGCGGUACCGGAACUGGAACCCGCCCUUGUUAGGCAACCUCCCGGACGACUUCCUCCGCAUCCUCCCCCAGCAGAUGGACAAGGUCCAGAGUUCCCAGAGCUGCCCCGCGACGCCCCCCAGCCCAGGGGGCAAAGGGCCCCAGGGCUCCCUGGAGCAAGAGCGGAAGUGGAAGCAGUACCUCGAGGACGAGCGGAUCGCCCUCUUCCUGCAGAACGAGGAGUUCAUGAAGGAGCUGCAGAGGAACCGGGACUUCCUCCUGGCCCUCGAGAGAGAUCGACUGAAGUACGAGUCGAAGAAAUCCAAGACGAGCACCGCUGUCCUCAGUAGCAAUGUCGGCUUCUCCUCUGGAAUGUCAGACGACGUUGCCCGCUCUCUCACCAGUGUGGCCAGCAGUGCCAUCUCCGACGAUGCCUUAUUCAGGGACAAAUUGAAACACAUGGGGAAAUCAACGCGCAAGAAGCUCUUUGAGCUUGCCCGGGCUUUCUCAGAGAAGACCAAGAUGAGGAAAUCGAAAAGGAAACAGCUGUUGAAGCAUCAGGUCCUGGGGACGGCAGCCUCGACGGCGAAUCUCCUCGAUGAUGUGGAAGGACAUUCUUGCGACGACGAUUUCCAGGCAAGAAGACGGCAGUUGAAUGUGGAAGAGGAAACGUCAAAAGUAGCACAGUGAGGUCCUGAGUUGUUCUUCAUUGGCGAUUUAAAAAGGGGGGGGGAGGAGGGAGAGAGAGAAGGCAAGAACUGGGAAACGGCUCAGGAAGACGGCAGGCUUGCUCUUCAUCCCCGCUCUGGAGGAGUCUGCCUCUUCUCAAAAUACAAGCGUCGUUCUAGCAUCGGGCACAACGAUUCCUUACAAAGGGUAUGAGCACACGUGCAUUUCCCCCCGCUCUCCGAUCUAAGGAAACCAGCCAAAAAGGAGGAGAGAAUUAACAGUGAGUCCUCGUUUUUCUACGCAAAACUUUGCAGCCGGUGCCUCGAUUUCAAGCACCCCACAAGGGUUGGGUCUGGGUCUGUCUGUCUUCUGUUCCGCGGCGCGGAUGUCUGAAUGGAAGAGGGCCGCCCCAAACGGGUUUCUGGCCUGGCGUUUUUAAAAACCCUAAAUUGCUUCAACGAAUGGAGUCGUGUGGCCGUUUUUUGCCCAGGGAUAAGAUGGCCCCGGAAUGUCAUGGCGUUGUUUUAUUAUUAAUUGUUGUUAUGAUGAUGAUGAUGAUGAUGAUUGCUGCUGCUGCUGCUAAUAGAAAUAAGCCUGAUUCGAAACGUCCGGGGGUCGCAAUCCGAAUCACGACUUAAAAUCCGCUCCACGGAGAGCUCUUUCUGCGGAGCCCACCGUCCAGCUUGGCGACGGAUCGGGCCCCGGCGCCCGUCCUUUGUACCGGCGGCUGCAGCAGGGAAGCCAACCUUCUCCCUGUCGCUCUGGCGUCUCCCUCCCGCGUCUCCUCCUGGCCAUUUCAGCCCUGGGUGACCCUUUGGGAUCUCCGGGCCACCUCUUUCAGCCGCGUGUGUGUGUGUGUAUGGACAGCUCCAGCGAAGGGUCCCGUGGGGAGGAGGGCUUUGGAUUACCCCCUGCCCCGGGUUGUGUAGAGGUGUGUGUUUGUGUGUGUGUGGGUGGGUGGGUCUUGCCUGGCGGGCAGGCCUCCCCCCACCGUGAGGACUGGGGCUGACGCUGCAGAUCGCCAACAUGGCCCCGUUGGAAGGGAGCCCGGUUCGAGGCGCCCGAGACGUUAAAAUGGAAGAGGGGAAGGUCAGGCAGGCUUCACGAGCGGGCGGGGGGGGGGACGGCUGAAUGGAGACUUGUGUCCCCUCCAGGGCCGGCCUGCUGGCAAGCGGCACCGGCCCCGCUCAGACAAAAGCUGCCGCCCCUGGGAAUCCGUCAUGCGGUGGUGGCCCUUCUGUGGGGCGAGAGCCAAGUUUCGGAGAGGGGAGGGGGGAGGAAGCUGGCUUUAAGACGAAACAGAAGCACCCCAAGUGUCCAGGCGUGAGCGGGUCCCUCUGGGAAGCCCAGCGAGCGGGUCUUCCCGGAGAGGUGCCCCACCGUGCCCCUCUCCUUGCCCCACUUGUGCGUGCCCGGGCGAGCUUCUCCCGGGAGAGGCGGCUGUCCCUCCCUCCCUCCCUCCUUCCCUCCCUCCCGCCAGCGUUGCUCUCUGCAUGCCGGCGAAGGCGUCUGGGUUGUGGGAGCUGCCCGUGGAGCCUUCCAGCGCUGCUUCUUCGUGGCCGCUGGCAGGCUGGGCUUCCCUCCAGGCUCCGGGGAUGGUUUAAAGAGGCCCCAAACAGGAGCCUUUGUGGAAUGCGGUGAGGGAAAGCGGGCGGGCGGUGUGUGUUCUCCUUUCCAGAGAGAGGCGGGCAGUGUGUGUAUGUGUGUGUGUUUCUGGAAUGCAGUGCUGUGAAGAGAGGCGGGUGGAUGUGCCCCACCCCCUUGAGGCAGGGAAACGGGCCCGCCUGCUUGGAGCUGAGGGCUGCCCGUGGUGCUGUGGUGUCACCUCCCCGCCUCGUGCCUUUCGCGGCCACUCGUUGGUUGGAUGGAUGGCCGCCUUGGGCAGGGCUGGGGGCAUCAAAAGGUCCCCCUAGGACCGCCUUCUUCAUUGCAAGGCCCGGGGGGCUGAUGGCGACCCCCGUCAACCCGGAGUGGGGCGGCCUGGCUCUUUCUUGGGCCUUGGUGACGCUUCGGAGGCUGCUGAAUCCUCUGCACAGCCCCCUUGGCACGAUGCAGAGACGGUCCUCCUCCCCGCGCCGCGGCAUGCUUUGCCCGGGGCAGGUGGGGGGGGCAUCCUUAAAGGGGGACGGGGGCCCACUUGAGCCCCGGCACCGUCUGGGCAGUGUCACCCCUCCGGGUGCUUUCCCCACAGAGCUCUUGAGAUAGGGCUCCGUCGGUCCUAAGGGCCCUCCCAGCGCGGAGAAUGGCCCCGUACUACUAUGCCGAGGGCUGCCCGGUGGGGAAGGGCUCCGACACCGAAGGUCUUCUGCCCAAGUAGACACCGCCUGAAAAGCAGGGAAGGCCACUGCGCUCUGUCAGUUCCAAGCACAUCCGUGGUGAAAUCUCUCUGCCAACCCCCCCCCCCCGACCCUGCCUUGCACUCUUCUCACCUCUGGAUUGGCUCCUGGAGAGCAGGGGGCCGCUGUCCAAGCAACCGUAGCCCAGGGCUUCUGGCUGCCCACCCACUUGCUUCCCCUUGCUUGCCUUCCCACCCACUUGCUUCCCCUUGCUUGCCUUCCCACCCACUUGCUUCCCCUUCCUUGCCUUCCCACCCACUUGCUUCCCCUUGCUUGCCUUCCCCGCCUAACUGGCCGUCCCUUCUGGAUCCACACCGUGGACGGUGUCUCCAGCUGCAGGGGGGUGACUGCAGCAGCCAGAGAGGGGGCCUGCUCUCACCCCUUGCCUGCGGGCUCCCCAGAGGCAUCUGGCGGGCCCCUGUGGGAAACCGGAGGCUCCUCAGGCCUGAUCCAGCAGGGCUGUUCUUAAAGUUCCUGCCACUACAACCUCCUCCUGUUUUUAUUUCUGUUUUUAAAGCCGGAACAAAAUGCAUUUUAGAAAGUGGCGAACGCCCCUCGCUUGGAUGGCUGUGCCGUUUUCCGCAAGCCCACAGGAAUCUGGGCCUCCAAGCCGCUCCGGAGCUUCUGCAGCCCUUGGGGGGGUUCCUGGGCUGAUUAGGGGAAGGGGAAUCUGCAGCCAAGAGACCCCUCUGGGCUGUCCAGGGAGGGUCCCACUGCAGCCGCCCCUCUCUCUUCCUGGGUCCCGGAAGAGAAGGGUGGGCAGUGGGGCUAGGAGCAGAAUCCUCUGCCACAGCUGACCCCACCCCCCUGGAGACGGCUCCCUGGAUCCCAGCCCGGAAGCCCUCUUGUGGGCUCCCAGAACCCGGUGCCGCCUCUGGUAGGAGUGGGGAGGAGAGCGGCCCUCUCCCACCUGCAAAGCCCCCAUCUGCACCUUUUGGGGAGGCCACCAUGCGAUGCACGGUUGGGCCACUGGGUUUAGAAGUCGCUUUUGCCCAACACGGGGCAGAGGAGAGGCCUCUUGGCUGCCGUGGGCCAGCAGGUUGGCCCUGUGGAACCUCUGGGUGUGGCGGCAGUCUACCUCAGUGCGCCGGUUGCUGGGGAUGCCCACCCGGGAAAGGCCUCUCUGCCUUUCACGGCUCGCUCCUGGGCUGCCCAGAAACACCUGCCUGCCUCCUGUUGGAAACAGACUUCUGCUAGAUGCCCGUUUCCCCUUCCCCAAUGGACACUCCGCAGAGCAGGGGCGGGGGGUGUUGCGAUCCAGGGAGUUGCGAUCCAGCAGCACUCGGGGACCCCGGCCGGUGCGUGCCCCUGCUCCAGCCCACCUUCCGGGGAGGGAGGAAGAAAAAAGACCUUCCCCCUCACACCUUCCGGGCCCCUGCAAAGCCUCCCCGGACUGUCACCGCCAGGAAUGGAGGCGCCCCCCCCCCCCGCCGUGCAAAACAAGGGUUCGUGACUGUUGCAUCGUACGGCCAGGUAGACGAGAACAACAGACCUGCUUGGUACGGCCGGGAAGCAGCAAAGGGUGGGCAGAAACGGAGAGCCAGCCGUCUUUCGACCGACCCAGCCGUGGAAAGGGAACCCAGGGGUGUUCCUUCCCUGUGUGUGUGUGUGUGUGUGUGUGUGUGUGUGUGUGUGUGUGUGGUUUUUUUUAAAAAAAGAUCUGAUGUAAAACGUGCCCGAUUGCUGCCAGGUGGCCUCUGAAGCCGAGCUGUGUUUCUCAAUCCGUGUACACAUCCCUGGUAAUGUUUCUAUGGCUUUCUCUAAACCGCCGCCCACCCCCCCCCAAUAAAAACUUUUUAAAAAGUCAAACCCACGGGAAAGAAACACAAAACUUGUGACGUUUGUGAGUGUUGCUGAUUUUAGAAUUUAUUUCCAUACAUGAUUUUUUUUCUUUCCUUAAAAGAUGUUUAAUAGUAAUUCAUAUAAUAAAGUCCUGUUGAACUCUCUUAAA